AUGAAGUUUUCCGGUAUUCUACUAUUGCUCACGGCAACCACCACCACGACCGUUUCCGCCAUGGUCAUGGACUCGGAGCCAAUGGACUCCUCGGUCGCUCCUCACGCUUACACCCACAGCCACAACCACAACCAAGACCAAGACCAAGACCACGCUAGCGCAAGCGCAAGCGCUAGCGUGAGUGGUGACGAUUAUGACUCAAAUGGCAGCAGCACCUCUGAAACACGCAAAUUGGUGCCCAUCCCCCACGUUUCUAAGCACCAGCAUGGUUUGCCAAUCUUGCAAACUCACCUUUUACCAGAAGAGAAACUAUUCUGGGAAAAUUACAACACUACAACGUAUUUCACGGUUGCCUCUAACCACCGGCCGGCAUUAUACAUCCACAUCAUUGUCGGCUUGUUCUCCAUCUUUGUCUUGUACCCAGUUUGCCUCAUUUUCAACAAUUUAAACAUGACCAAAACCUACCUUGCUUCAUUGCUCGUGUAUUCAGCCUUUAUGGUGCUCUCGCUAUUAAACUACUCCAUCUUUAUCAACUCGAUACCAAAUAUAUACCCGGGAAACGCCUACAACAAGAUGAUUAUAAUCUUGUUUGUCACAACGUGCUUGCAGUUGCUUUUGGCCGUGCUUAAGAAACCCAAAAUUGACAAUUCCUGCAACUCGACCUUCCAGGCCAGUGAUAGCGGCAGCAGCGGCGGCUCCUAUUUCAGUCUUCGCCCUUCGUCUAGUGGAGAAGACGUGUCGGAGUCGUCGCUGAUUGAUUCCUCGACCCCCGUCGAUAUCGAGAAAAUGAUUAAGCCCGAGUCCCCCAUUUACAGAUUCAAGAAAAACUGGAUCUUGCAUGUUUCGAAAUUCCGCAACUUUUUCAACAUUGCAUUCAAUUUGUUAAACUGGGGCCAUUUUUUCUACUUUUUUGCCUUGAUCCCCACGGCAAUUGCCACUUUUUGUUUAUACGGCCAGGGCAUUACCGUUUUCAACUUGUUGGCCCAUUUCAUCAAAGGUGGCGUUUUCUUCGCCUAUGGCGUCUUAAGUCUUGCAAGAUAUUGCGGAGGCUUUGCUAACAAAGGCUGGUCGUGGAACCACAAGUUUGUCGAGGGCAACCUGCCCAAGUUGAAUUACUGGCAACGAUUCCAAAACAAGGGGCUUUGGACGAUGGAGAUGAUUGAAAGCUCUCUCAUUUUGUUUUACGGCUCCACCAAUAUUUUUUUGGAACAUUUGAGCAACGCCGGAAAGGAAUGGUCGGCUAAGGAUUUACAACACGUUUCCAUUGCGUUUAUCUUUAUCGGGUGUGGCUUAUGCGGGGUGCUCACCGAGUUGAAAUUACAAGAUUGGAGAUUUGAGCAAGCCGUAGCCAAUUUCAAAAAAGCCAACUCGGCCGAGGUAGUUGCCGAAUCGCACAUAAUCAAAGCUAGCCCCGGUUUCAGUCCCAACCCAUUCCCCGUGUUGACCAUCUACUGGACUGGUGUUCUCAUGUCGAAGCACCAGCAGGCAUCAGAGUUGUCGACCGAGAUUCACACGCAAUGGGGCAAUAUGUUUAUCCUCGGAUGCGCGUUCAGAUUCAUCACUUAUUUGCUAAUGUUGUUGAACCCAAACAUGUCCGGAAGCUUGACUCGUCCGCUGAGGCCAAUCACCGAGUUGAUUGUUUCCUUCAGCUUACUCUGCGGCGGCAUGAUCUUUAUGGAGUCCACUGAUCCCGUGAUUUUGUCAUUCGAGUACUAUGGCCUCACUUCCAUGUUCACUUUGAAUGUGAGUCUUGGCUUAGUCACUUUGUUCAUGGGAUGGAUGAUGACUCUCUUUUCAGUCAAGGACUGGCUAAAGAGCAAGUACAAGACUGGAACUCAAGCGAGUCCAUGA